AUGGACCCAAAAAUCUCUGGUGGCAUUGAGGAAGAAUUAGGGCUACGUCUCAAGAACAUAGAACUAUCCCGCUCAGAAGGGAAGGUAGUCGAGCUCGGGGAUACCGAUGUGCAGACUGGCAAGGAAGAAUGUGACCGUAGCCUGCUGGGGAAGAUAGUUGGCGACCGAAAAGCUAGCCUCCUUGGUCUCAAGCGCACUCUGACUCGCAUUUGGCAAAUCUCAGAGCCAAUGGAGUAUUUGAUCCUUCAUGAGAUGGAAGAUGGCCUCACUACGGAUGACCCCGUGUUCAAGUCUCUAAAUUUAUGGGUUCAAGCCUGCAAAAUUCCUAUGAGCUGGCUUACUACAGAAGUUGGGAUGAAAAUAGGUGGUAUUUUUCAAGAAGUUAAAAAUGUGGUGGUGGUUAAAGGAAGCGGGCCUAGAGGCAACUACCUCAGGCUAUUGGUCUCUAUCAAUCUCGAAGAACAAUUACCUAGAGGUACUAGUGUGAAACUCCAUGAUCAAGUCAUUGGGGUAACUUUUCUCUACGAAAAACUUGUUAAUCUUUGCUACUAUUGUGGGAAAAUUGGGCACUUGGACAGAUCUUGUUCUAAAAGGAUGGCUGACAUGAAAAAAUCCUCCUUGAAUGAGGGACAAUUCGGUGAGUGGAUGAAGGCAAUGGACUACCAAUAUCCCUACAGACCAAACAGUUUUCACUCUCAGUCAAACAACUCUUCAGAAGGAAUUCAAAGAACUACUACUCCAGAUCCCAACAGCUCUGGCUCUAGAAAGGAAAGUGCUCAUCUGGUGGGGAAUGACACUGCAGAAAGGGGAUCAAAUGUUAAUAAUAUGAAUCUGGCUAUUAUGGAGAUCCCCCAACACAGUGAAACUCAAAAAGAAGGGGUCCCAGAUACACAGGACGCAUCAUCAAAACUCUAUGUGGAACAGAACCAAUCAUCUCUGCUCUCCCAAAAGGAAGCCAUGAUGAAAGAUAUCUCUUAUUACAAUAUGUCACAAGGUCCUCACUUGGAAGCUGCUCACAAAUCAAUCCACAAGAUGCUAACUCUGGAGGAGAUUGGCGACCCAACACCCCCAGGAAAAAAUGCCCAUCCUAAAACCUGGAAAAGAUAA